CGGCGGCCCCUGCAUCAGGUGACAGCCCGGAAACAGCGGAAGCGGAUGAGGGAAGCGCGGCCGCGGCCCGGGAGGGCGGUGCAGAGCUGCAGGAUCCUCGGCUUCCUCCCGGCCCCCGCGCGGCUCUCAUGCGGCUCCCUCGCUGACACCUGAAAUCCACCUCUCGCUGUCCUCCUGGGGAUCGCGGGGUCGCCGAGCUUGCCGCCCUUGGCGGUUGAAGUCAUCGUUGUGCGGGCCCGCGGCGGUCGUCCAUGGAGAAGAUCAGGCGGGGCGGCGAUGGCCCCCCACGGGGGCCCGUCCUGCACAUCGUGGUGGUCGGCUUUCAUCACAAGAAGGGCUGCCAGGUCGAGUUCUCUUACCCGCCCCUGAUUCCAGGAGAUGGACAUGAUAGUCACACCUUACCUGAAGAGUGGAAAUAUUUGCCCUUCCUUGCCUUACCAGAUGGCGCACACAACUACCAAGAAGAUACUGUGUUUUUUCACUUGCCACCCAGAAAUGGAAAUGGAGCCACUAUAUAUGGUAUCUCUUGCUAUCGACAAAUUGAAGCCAAGGCAUUGAAAGUACGGCAAGCAGAUAUCACCAGAGAGACUGUUCAAAAAAGUGUCUGUGUUCUAAGCAAGCUGCCUCUCUAUGGCUUACUUCAAGCAAAACUUCAACUCAUUACACAUGCAUAUUUUGAAGAGAAGGAUUUUUCCCAAAUUUCCAUUCUAAAGGAGCUCUAUGAACAUAUGAAUAGUUCCCUGGGAGGAACUUCCUUAGAAGGAUCCCAGGUAUAUCUUGGUUUAUCUCCUCGGGAUCUUGUGCUUCAUUUUCGACACAAGGUUCUAAUCCUAUUUAAGCUAAUUCUUCUUGAAAAAAAGGUUCUCUUUUAUAUUUCUCCAGUGAAUAAAUUGGUGGGUGCCCUGAUGACUGUGUUAUCCCUUUUUCCAGGCAUGAUUGAACAUGGACUCAGUGACAGUUCUCAGUACAGACCCCGAAAGAGUAUGUCUGAAGAUGCUGGGCUUCAGGAAAGUAAUCCCCCUGCAGAUGAAUUUGUUUGUAUGCCUGCUUCUGACAUUUCAAAUACCAACUUGGGAACUGUCAAGAAAAUCCUGGGAAACCAUGGAGGAGAUGCAGCCAUCAAGACUGAAGAACCUUUGUUCCAGGUAGAAGAUGAUAGCAGUGAACAAGAAGCCAGUGAUAGCAAUCAAUAUCUGAAACCUCCUUCUCGCCCAUCUCCAGAGUCUUCAGAAAGUGACUGGGAGACCUUAGAUCCUAGUGUCUUAGAGGACUCCUCCUUGAAAGAACGAGAACAGGUGGGGUCAGAACAGACAAACUCAUUUCCAAAGGACUCUUUGCCCUCAGAUAGUCCUCCGAUUACUGUUCAACCUCAAGCUAAUACCGGCCAGGUGGUCCUGAUACCAGGGCUGAUUUCUGGCUUGGAGGAGGACCAGUAUGGCAUGCCCCUGGCCAUCUUCACAAAGGGAUAUCUGUGUUUGCCUUAUAUGGCACUGCAGCAGCAUCAUCUUCUCUCUGAUGUCACCAUUCGAGGAUUUGUUGCUGGAGCUACUAACAUCCUUUUUCGACAACAGAAACACCUCAGUGAUGCCAUUGUGGAAGUAGAAGAAGCUUUGAUCCAGAUCCAUGAUCCAGAACUCAGGAAGCUGCUCAACCCAACCACUGCAGACCUAAGGUUCGCAGAUUACCUAGUGAGGCAUGUGACUGAGAACCGGGACGACGUCUUCCUGGACGGCACGGGCUGGGAGGGAGGUGACGAGUGGAUCCGAGCCCAGUUUGCAGUCUAUAUCCACGCACUGUUGGCCGCCACACUGCAGCUUGAUAACGAAAAGAUCUUAUCGGACUAUGGGACGACCUUUGUUACAGCCUGGAAGAACACUCACAACUACAGGGUCUGGAACAGCAACAAGCAUCCAGCACUUGCAGAAAUAAAUCCGAACCAUCCUUUCCAAGGACAGUACUCAGUGUCAGACAUGAAGUUAAGAUUCUCACAUUCUGUUCAAAACAGUGAACGUGGCAAAAAACUUGGAAACGUCAUGGUUACAACAAGUCGGAAUGUUGUACAAACAGGAAAAGCUGUUGGCCAGUCGGUUGGAGGAGCUUUUUCCAGCGCGAAGACAGCUAUGUCUUCAUGGCUUUCCACUUUCACCAGUUCCACUCCACAGAGUCUCACUGAGCUGCCUGACGGGAAACCCUGAGCCGAGCAAGCCACCCAGAAGCUGCUGUCGCUUUCUUAGGUUUUAAGCGUCCCCUGUCUGUCUACUGCUCCCAGACUGUUCCUCUUCAUCGGCUGCAGGUCCACAGCAGGGGACCAAUAGGUCGAACUGUUUACAUGGACGGUUGCCCUCUGUCUAAAUGAAUGUCAUGGGACACUGAAAAGAUGAAAACCACAACCGCAGCCGGGAUGGCUUCCCAGGUUGGGGUUUAAAUUGACUACGUUUAUUUCAGUCUGAGCCUGAUUAAAACACACAGUGAACCUUCUAAUGAAUUUUGAGUUCUGACAUUAUACAUUUGUUUACUUUAGAAAAUUUUCUCCUUGAUGUAAGUUUUGUUCUGUUGUUGCUGUUUGAAUAUCCAGAUGGAUAUUUAUACAUGCUAAGAUUAAGUUAUAUUGCUAUUUUAAUUUCUCUAAAGCAAGCCCUAAAAUGUUCUGAUAGUGUGGAGGGGCCAUACAAUCCAACCCUUUGCUGUUAUUUUGCUGAGUUAUAUGAGGAUUUUUUUGUUUGUUGGUUCUCUACCUACAGAACAAAUUUGUCAUUCACUUCCUCCUGGAAACCAUAGAAGUAAGAGGUGGUAGUUCUGAGGAUGGAGUGUUUUGUGAUUUUAAUUUAUCCUUUUCCCAUCCUACACACUUGCUUUGAAGUGUCAAAGAGUGUCACUGUGCUUUUUUUACUCUUCCUAAUUGUUCAAGUAGAUGUGCAAAGAAUUAGCAUGGUGCUGGUUACAGCAGAGUUGAAACAGUUUAACUGUAUUUAGGGCAAGACUUUUAAAGACCUAGGUGGGUUCUGUUGACUGUAGUAAUGUUGCAAUCUUUACAUGCAUUUUUUAACCCGAAGUUUGUGCCUUCUAUUUCUUCUUUUGAACGGUUUCCCUUUGGGUGUUUACAGAUUUAACAGGUUUUUUCUCAGUCUUACUCUUCAUGAAGCUUUUCAAGGCACUUGGCCUUCCUCCUUCCCUGAUAGAAGAUGCUCAUGUAAUCAAUGUCUAACCCCUUCCAAAAGCAUUUAUAAAAGAAAAGCAAGAUGAUCUGUAAAUAUUAAAUAGAAUUCUCAUCUUGGCUCACAUUUAGAAAAGCAAGAGAAGAAAACUUCAGCCAUGACAUUAGUCAUGUUUUGUAAAGGACAUCUGGGUUCAUGUUAGACACAGGUGUGCUCAGUACUGAAGGUUUUUACACAACUAGACCUCAUGUAGCUGCCAGACUCAGCUCUCAUUUGCUUGUCGAGGGGACUUCGAUUGGGUGUUCUCAGGGAGUACUUACAGGCAACAGACUGCUUUUUCAAUAACAAAAGAUACUUGGGAAACACAUUGUGAAUAUAACCUACAUUAGAUGUGAUGAGUAUUGAGAAAACUGGGGGCCUAAUUAGGGAGGACUCUUAAUUAUAUUUAUCUUUUAAGAAAUGUUUGUGUAAGAAGCACUACUGGGGCGUGUGAAAUGAAGCAUAGGGACAUAAUCUAAGUAUCCCUGAGUUUUCCAAUUUGUGUUUUAACACAAGUCCUAUAAACCUAAAAGCAUACUUCCCUUUGAGUAUAAUGAUUUAAGAAUUCAUUGAUGAUAAAGGACUUACUGUGGGAAACAUUAAUUUCACUUCUACUAGGAAAGCUUUCUCAGGAAAAUACUGUUUGAAGAGAAGAAGGUAGUACCAAACAAAAGUUUUAAAAGGUACUUUAAAGUUGCACUGAGAUGAACAUCUCGUUGUUUCAUGAGGGCACUUCAUUGGAUAGAGUAUGAUAGUGUACCAGAUAGCGUUCAUAGUGCUGUGAGGGGUCAGCCAGCACACUGCUGGUUCAUCCUUUAGUUUGUAUGAUUUGUACAAUUGGGGUGAAUUCUCAUCUCUCAUCAUUCAAAGCAGCCCAAUCCACUUUGGAAUCCCACUGAAAUAAAAAUAGUUACAUAAAAUUUAACAUUGCUUUGCUCUCACUCCCCAUUUUAAUAUACACCUUAAUGGAACUUUCUCUUCACAUUUCCAGUUAAGAGUUCCACCCUUACAGUGGUCAUUUAACUGGCUUUCAACAUAAAAUGAGUAUGUCAGAAGAUAGAACUUCUGUCAUAGAGAUGGUCAAAAGACCAUAACUAUAUUUAUUCUUUCAGGUCCUGGGAGGUAUGGGGGUCUUCAGGGAGUGCAGGCUGUCACAUUGUUGGGACCCCGGGGCAGCCAGCACAGGUAGAGGCAGGAAGCCUGGCCCCUGGUCCUGGGGGCCUACGUGCUUCAGGUUUGGAUUCUGGGCCCUGCCCAGCGGCAGCCUGGAAACUGUAGCUUCCUUCAGCCACUGGCUCUGUGAGCCACAGCAGCCAGCAGGUGUGUGGCCACCUGUGGACAUCUCACUGGUAAAGAUGUGUGCUUUGCUUGGCCACACAGUGCUUUCAUCUGAGAACUAAGUGUGUUUAGGUAGGCCUGAGGGUGCUAGGGUCAGCCAGGCUUUUUCAGAGUGCACCGGGCACAUAGACUGCAUCCACAGCUUGGUGGACACUUCUCUGCCAUCCAGGUGACUUAAAGAUUGUGUUUGGAAAAAGUCCCUGGCUGGCUUUAAUUCCUACUAAGCACUGUAAUGCUGAUGACAUAGGUAAGGGAAAGAGGGCUAAAGCUGGCCCAAGUGUCCCAGGCUAAUGAAUAGAAGUAGCCUGUCAAAGUAUGUCUUGUGGUUAUUUUGCAUUUGCAUUGGCUCAUGUAACCAGGAUGAAUAGUCUAUACCCAAAUCCAUUAGUGAUUUGCCAGCCCUCAGACCCUAAAACAAUUCUCUUCUACUUUUUGCUUUAAGAAACACAGCAGUAAUAUUCUUGGGCAGCAGACCAGAGCAUAUGACCUGAUCUCCUCAACCUUACCUUGCUUUCUGAGUCCUGUAUUAAGCAUUGAAGUUUUUUUUUAGGAUAAUUUACUUAGAAAGGUAAGGAGGAAACAAACUUUGAAGGGAGAGAUGAGACAUUUAUUGUUGCAAAGCCGAGAGACAGGUUCUUAAAGUCUGCAUGAAAGUAUUUUGCGAGCAGUAUUUAAUAUGCUAAAGGAUAUGAGUUCUUUAAUAAAGAAGUUAGAUUUUUCAUCUGCUAGUUACAAGCUGUAAAAUGAAGCUUUGUCUCCCUGGCAGGCAGAUUUUGGUUUGGUUUUGUGGAAGUUCAAGCCAGUGGUCCUUUUCCCUGAGGCGCGGUGAUGAGUUUAGGAACACCCAGCUCUGGGAGAGGCCAGUGGACUAAUCCUGAACCCUUGAACUAUUAUCUGCUUCAGCAGUUUUGGAAAGUAGCCUGUUAGGAUGGUAGCCGAUGAAUGUGGCCUGUUAUUCUAUUGGGGAGUUGGUUGGGACUCUGGAGAUGGUAUUGACACUGGCAUGCUCUGCCUGUGUGGCCAGAGAUGGCACGGUGUUCAGUCUGUGCACCCAGUUCUGUGGUAUCCUCUAAACAAGAUAGAGAACGCAGCCCUGGUUUCUAGAAGAAGAUUGUCAUUCCACAUAGUGCAGUGUGUCACUAGGAGCUUUUUCAUUCCAAGUCUUUGGGCUUCGUAACAUUGGAAUUGUUUUUUCAUAAUUCCCAACAUUCCAUAAAUAUUUGUCAAGGACAAAGAAAAGGAAUGUGUUUCUUUAUUCUUUUCACAUAAAUAACUUUGUACACGUGACUUCCUGCUUUCAUAUGAAGGAGAAGAAACUAGCUCCCUUGUGUGGCAGCUCCAAAAUUAAAAGAUUGUUGCACGUAUAAGGGGUUGAAUAUAUUUUAUAAAACUAAUGCAUUUGUAUUUCUGUGCUGUUCUAAAGAUUACCUUUUUACUUAUAUUAAUUAAAGAUAUAGAAAGUAUAUAUUUAAAUCAUGUAAAUGUGAUUCAUUAGGGAGUUUCCUCAAUCUUAAUAUUCAUCAGCUUCUCACACUCAUAUAGUAUGCUGCUCAAAUUUUUUUGUGUGCAAUAUGAACAUUUGAACAUUUCAAUCAGGUACUGAGCCAGAAAAGGUAAUUGAAGUUUUUAGAAAACUUAACGUUGCUUAGAAAAUAUUUUGUUUUCUUGAAAUAGUGAUAAUUUAUAGCUGGAAAGAUAAGAUCAAGACUUAUUUCAGGCCACUUGGUCACUGGUUCCUAAAUUUAGGAAGCACUUGAUUAACAAGUUGGUGAAAGCAUUUAGUGGGUACAGGAGUAGUUUAAAUACUUGAGAGUAAAGGCUUUCCUCCAAUCCCUUUCUAAGAAGUUUUAGCUUAGAAAUCUUAGAAAGUUUUCUAAGGAAGUAUAGCUGUGGUACAUGUUCUGAUCAGAAAGGUAGUUCCUCUUUGCUCUAUUAGUUUUAUAAUUUGUACUAGUUAUUUGUUUCUGUUGUCAUUUGUUUUUUUUUUAAUGUUAAAAUUAUAAAUCACGUCUAAUCAUACUGAAUUAUAAAACUACUGUAUCUUUCUUUUAAGGAAAAAUGAGAAUAAAUUAUCCUGUUUGUCCUGCAUACAGUGUACUUGGUCUGUCUUCUUAGAAGUACCCUUCAUGUGAUCAGUGUGGUUUCUGGCCUGUUUCAGCAAUGGACAGAAGGGCCAGCUUCGUUUGUUAGGAUACUAGCAGAACUAGAGGACUCGUUGCUCGUUUUUUCUCUCUCGUUUUGAAAUUACUUAUGGUGGUACUUCAGUCUGUGAGGUGGCUACCCUUACAGCAAGAAUCUUCAGAACCUGGGGCUACUCAGCAUACAGCCAAACAGAGCUUGGUCAUGCAAGAACAUCUUGUCACAUGCUCACCGACAGAAAUCCCCAGGGGACAGGGGCAUUGUCAUAAGCAGUUUAUUUUUCCAUCUGGACUGGUGAGCUUCAAAAUAGCCUUGACAUUGCCACUGAGGACUCCUAACACAUUUUCAUAUGUAUUUCCAUGUACCAUGGUUUCUUUCCUUACAGCUGUUUUGCAAAACAGUUUCAUAGAAGGAGACAAGUUUCUUUGCCGCCCCAGGAAUGGGCACUUCCUUGAGUGCAGGAUUAAGUUUAAGGUACCAGUGUUCUUACAGCAUGGACGUUUUCUGCCUGGAUCUGACAAGGUGACUCAGGCAGUGGAGCUCGACAGUGCUGGCAUCUUCCCUUUCCCAAGGUCCUGCCUUCCCAAGGACCGACACUUCAGGCUCUGCCAUGGUGAGAGGACGGUCCCCCUUCCUCUCCCGGAUCAGCGUUGCCUGGCGUUCAUUCUCACAGGAUGGGAGAUGCAAUCAACAAAUCUGGCAACAUCUGGAAGGAGCAUGAUUAUACAGUCAGUUUCUUCCAAGGAAUCACCCAUUGUGAAGGGCUUCCCUCCUUCUGCAGUAAUCACAGGCUCGGGGAACUGCUCAGCAACAGAACUGAUCUGUUCAUGUUUACAAUCAACAAACCCCCAACCAGCCUUCGACUUUCACGUCAAAUGACUGAUCCAGUCCAGUCAAGACGGCUAAAGUCUAGUCAUCAGCAUAGGUAACAUGCUUCGUAUGACUAUGGAGUCAGAGGCUGGGAGCCUCUGGCGUAGAACUGAAUGGUCAUACUCUUUGCUCUUGAUCCCGUGUAUAUACCUGUUUUUGGAACCACUGACUUUCCCACAGAACACAAACACUAAGAUUCAAGUAUUUCUAAAUGUAGGUUUUAUCCUCCACUGGACCUAGCUUCACUCCUGGGGCUCAGAGCUGUAGACUGUGGGGAAAAUGAUGAAAGUCACUUGAGAAGAUACUGAUCAUUGUUGAAGCCAGGUGAUGAGUACACAGGAGUUUGUUAGACUAUUCUGGUGUUGUAUAUGUUUGAGAAUUUUCAUAAUGAAAAGUUUAAAACUUGCUGGUCAAACAACUCUGCUGCUGCUGAAAAGGCCCCAUUGCCACUCGCCCCUUCCUCGGCAGUACUCUGAAGUAGUUGCAGAGAAUUUUGAAGCCUUCAGUCAGGCUCUCAGCAUCAAGUCAGUGUCUGCUAGUCCUCUUCUGACCUUAUGUGGUUCAGGUCACUCAUCCUUGUAAAGCAGAAUCUCUCUCGUUAACUAGAAAGGAAGGGCUGGGAAGGACAGAAAAUAAGUUUUUGAAAAAGUUGGUUCAAUCACUAAGUUCUCACUGUUCCUCAGUAACUCAUCUCUGUCCAUCUCAUUCUAACUUCACUUCCAUUGUGCAUGUGUGCUCAGUCACUUCAGUUGUGUCUGACUCUGUGACCCCAUGGACUGUAGCCCGGAAGGCUCCUCUGUCCACAGGAUUCUCCAGGCAAUAACACUGGAGUGGGUUACCAUGCCCUCCUCCAGGGGAUCUUCCCAAUCCAGGCAUUGAAUUUUUGUCCUUUGUCUCCUGAAUUGUGGCAGAUUUUUUACUGCUGAGCCACUGGAGAAGCCCUCACUUCCAUCAUUCCUGGUCCAUUAUGCCUGCACCUUACUGGUUUCCCUACUUCAGUCCACCCUACCCCUCACACCCAGAUUCAUCUCCCUAAGACUUUAGGGUAUCUUUAAUUGUCCCUUGCUACAUGAUAAUCCUCCAAGUCUACUUAACUGUCUACAGAAUUAAAUCCAGAUUCCUAAAUCAGGCGCUGAGUGUCUGCCACACAGUGAUGGCCCGAGCUUCUCCAGUGACCCCCUGGCCUCCACAAGCCCCCCGCUAACUGACACCUUUGCUGUGGUGACACUUGCCUUCCUUCUAGCUGUUGGAUGAGCAUUAUUGAGAGAAGCUGUGUAGACACUAACUGAAGGUCAGCUUCAGCCCCUCUUCUUCUUCAGUCUCCCCUGGGGCUAACCUGAGUUCUUUCUAAAAUACUUGGACUCAGCUUUUAUCGUUGAUGUUGUUCAGUUGCUAAGUCAUGUCUGGCUCUUGGCAACCUCAUGGACUGCAGCAUGCCAGGCUCCUCUGUCCUCCACCAUCUCCUAGAGUUUGCUCAAAUUCGUGUCCAUCGAGUUGGUAAUGCCUUCAUUGAGUACCACACAAAUAGGUGCUUCCCAGUUUUGGAGAUUUUUGGCUAGCAAAACUUUAAGAAAGGGAUGGCAAAUUAAGUGUGAGAUAUACAUCUGGAAAGAAAUGUAUACAUUAACCAAUCAUACAACCGAUGCCUGGGGAGAAAAGAGAAUAUUGCCAGCACCUAAAACGCCCCAUCCUUUGUGUCUCUCCCAGAGCGUAAUUCUUCCUCCAGAGAUAUUUGGUUCUCUGAUUUUGGAGAUAAUUAUUUCUUUAUAGUUCUACCUCCUCCUUUCUAUGUGUAUAUACACAAAGCAUUGUUUUGGUCUUUGAACUUGUAUAAAUGGAAUCACCUCAUUGGUAUUGUCUUUUUCUGCCUAAUUUUGGUUUUAGGAGAUGAUUCUCUUUCACUGCUUCCUAAACUGUCUCACUGUACAACUGCACAGUUUAUCCCCUCUACUGUGGGUAGGCGUUGGCUAUUUCCGGUUUGAGGUUCUGGUGAUGAGCAGUGCUGCUCUGACCCUUCUAGAGUAUACCUCCAGUGCACCUAAUGCACAUUUUCUGUACGGUACAGAUGCGGGAAUGAAACUAGGGGCAUGGAAAUAUGUAUCCCUCUAAACUUUUUUGUUAAUGUCAACUUGUUUUCAAAGAGAUGGUACUACUUUACCCUCCCACCAGCAGGGCAUGAGAACAGCAUUGUUCCACAUCGUUCCCAAUGCUUGGGUAUCAUCAGGAAUUUAAAUUUCUCCUGAUUCGGUGAGUGUAAAAUGGUAUUUCAUUGUGGGCUUUAAUUUUCAUUUCCCAGAUGUACUAGUAAAAUUGAGUACCUUUUUAUUUAUUGAUUGAUUGUUCACAUUUCCAUUUUGGGCAAAUGCCUAUUUGUUUUUUACCCAUUUUUCUAUUAGUCUAUCUAUUUCUUAUUUGUUUGAGUGUGUAUGUGUGUAUAUGUCUGUCUAUAGGUACAUAUUGAUAGAGAUUUCCGGAUACGGUUUCUUUGCUGUGUUGCAGAUUUCUUGUUCUGUGGUUUACCUUCGUUCUUUAUGGUUUCUUGCUGAAUCAGGUUCUUAAUGUAGUCACACUUUUAUCUUUCCUCUUAAGAUUAGAGGAAAUCAUAUCUUUUUGUGUUUCAUUUCAGAAAUUUUUUUUCCACCUCAAGGUCAUAAGGAUAUUCUCUAUAAUCUUCUAGUGUUUCAGUUUUCCUUUUCAUACUUAAAGAAUUUCUCUACCUGAAAUUUCUUUCCCAAUCCCCACCCUCUCUUCUUUACCCAAUAUGACUAGAAAGUUUUGGCACUUCUUACUUUGCUGAGAAAGAACUCUUUUUAUUUAUUUAUUUAUUUUUGGUUUUAAAAAAAAUCUUUACUGAAAUAUAUUGAUUUACAGUGUGUGUGCUAGUUUCAAGUGUACAGCAAAGUGAUUCAGUGAUAUUUUUUAGAUUCUUUUCCAUUAUAGGUUAUUACAAGAUAUCAAGUAGAGCUCCUUGUGCUAUACAGUAGGUCCUUGUUGGUUAUCUA